GUGAGAUCAAUUUUCCAAGACUAAAUCGAAAUUAGAGAAGUUCUUAGAUGAGAGCACAGAAGUCACUCUGUCAGCUUGAGAAAAAAGGGAGAUUUAACUUUAAGAUCAUAUUGACGGAACUAGAUCUUCAUUUGUUUGGUCAGAUACAGAACAAAAAAAGGGUCACUGAGAUACGCAGCUAAGAUCAAUAAAAAUGACCUUGCAGGAUCUAAAUUAUCGGAAAAUGGACGAAACCAAAUCAUGUAGUUUGAGUCCCUGCAUCUGGAGGCACAAGUUCCAAGGCUUCUUGACACAUUUGCAGAAAAAGUUUUCUUAUAUCCACAACAGGACGCCGAAUUCGAGAGAAACAGACGACAAGUUUUUCUCAAAAAACCACUGCUACUUCUUAGAAGAUAGGAGCGAUAAAGCGGUAAGCCUCAAAUUUGCAAGCGACGUUUGUCUGUUGUCCUCUACUUACAGUAAGUAGGAUUCAUUGUGUUUCUUUCAAUAAAAGCAGCACGCGACUAGACUAGCCCAAAAUGAUUAUUCCAGUACGAUGUUAUACGUGCGGGAAGGUCACCGGCAACCUAUGGGAGAAAUAUUUGCAGCAACUGCAAGAAGGGAAGUCAGAGAAAGAUGCGCUCACAAAUUGCGGCUGCGUGCGAUAUUGCUGCAGACGUAUAAAAUUUCUACUUCUAGUUUACUCAUGCCUGAUAUAGAAUUCCCUCGCUUGAUGUAAUUUCACAUGGAUGGAAUAUGUAAUCCAAGAAGUUUUGCCUCUCUUCCCUCAAUUUUUCCACUCCUUUCAAUCUUAGACCCAACAACCAACAACAGGUAUCCUCUUGACGCAUGUGGAUUUGAUUGAGAAGCUGCUGAAUUACAAUAUCCAUGAGGUGCGAGGAGAGCAACAACCUCAACUUCGAUAAAGGCAGAAGAUUGCAUCGACAUCAAGAUAAAAGGAUGAACUGAAUACUUGAUAUGCCUUCAUCGGCAGCUCUUAAUAUGGAUUUUCAGGAGUGACCCUCUCCUAUGAAUCGAUUACUGUUCCGCAUUGAUGCUUGUGAUACAACGACUUUUUCUACGCUUAAAAAGAAUGUUGUGAAGAACGACGGGAAAAAGUGGGGGACAUUUACAUUUACAUUUACAACUACGCACAAUUUCUUAUCGGGAAUCACCUGCAAAAGUCAGGCACGACAGUACUGC